AUGGGGCACAUUCAUGCUCUGUUCUUCGAUGCGACCACCGCGAUCACUCUAAGACCAGUCGUCCUUUUUGCUAUUCUCAUACUUUUCUUUGCGCUGUUUGUUCAGAAGAAUUCUAGCAAAAACCUACCAAAUUCGCCGCAUUUCUUACAUCACGAUGGGAGGUUGAUGAAGACUCUUCCCGGGGAUGCGCGAUACACUCGAUUCACGCACGGCAAGGAACUGUCUAAGGCUGGGCAGGCCAUGUGUGGCGAUGAGCCCUAUCUGUUGAGAAACAAAUCGAAGCGCGACCUUGUCCUCCAUACUCCGGCGCAGAUGAGAGACUUUUUCAAGGGAGAUGGCAAACUGCACACGAAGCAGCAGGAUGCAAGCAUGGGAGCGUACUUUCUUCGCAGUCUGGGCCAGUGUGUAGGAGCGCAGAAUGGACCACGCUGGCACCAAACUCGCUAUCACUUGGAACAGUUCUUCUCUGCUGUUGAGGCUGCUUCAAUGAUCACGGAUUUCCAGCGGGUUUUAAAUAACUGGGCGAAAACACUGCCGGCCAAUGCAGCAUCGCAGCAGAUAGGCGACAGGAAGUUCCUGACCGACAGCGUUGAGAUUUGUCGACAACUCCCUUUUCGCAUGAUUGCGAUGUGUCUUUAUGGAAAUAUGCUAACUGACGAGCGAUUCGAUAUGCUGUGGCGCCUCAACAAGAUCCACGAAAAGGUGACGCAGUAUACCUUCUUUGGCACAUGGGAGAACAUGCCCUACUAUCAUCUGCUUCCCACUACAGCAAACAGAGUGCUGGCCGAGUACGAGGAGGGGUGGAAGGAGUUCAACCUGGAGAUCAUCAGCGCAGCAAGAAAGAAACACGUCCUGUCGAGCAUCACGCAUGUUCCAAGUUGUGGAAUCCGGCGAUAUGACAAUGGACAUGAUGAAAUCCUGUUCACGAACAUCGAUGUCACGUCUGCCCAGUUUGCGUACGGCUUGAUUAAUAUGGGCAAGUCUCCAGCAGCUGGGCGCAGAUUAUACGACGAGGUCAGCACCGUUGCUGUCGAAGAAGAUGAAAUCGACUUUUACGCCCGCAAGGACGAUACAUUCCUGCACAAGAUGUAUCUCGAGAUAUUGCGAACCAACCCGCCCAUCUGGUUUACCUUCCCCGAAACCACCGCGGUCGAGAAACGAAUCGACGGAUUCCUUAUCCCAGCCGGUACCAACGUUGUUAUUGAUACAUUGCGACUGAAUAAAUCGUCUCCUAUCUGGGGAAACACUGGCCAUGAGUUCCACCCUGAACGAUGGGAUCAUAUCACCACUGGGCAGGCGCGGUAUAGCUGGCUUGGAUACGGAAUGGGGCCAAGGAAGUGCCUGGGAAAGAACUUUGCCAACAUCAUCCUGAAGCUGUUCAUGAUAUCGGUCAGUAGGCACUUCACACUGGAUGCAGGAGAGGGGGCAGUUCAGAUCAAAAGGGAUCGGUUUACAUGUGUACCGGAGCAGUUGGUGGCGUUUGAACAGCGGUAG